ACUGUCAAAUGCUGAGAUCGUUCCUUUGCUUCUCUGAUAUUUGCAGAGAUUAGAGGUGGACGUUUUUGUAGUGCUUUUUGUGUGAAACGUUCACUCGCGAGGAAUGAAAAUUGAUAAAUACGUCGAAGAAGUGAUAAAAGAUAUUGAAUGACAACACCGAGUGAUUUUUACACCAAAGUAUUUUUACAAAACCAAGAUUCCACCUAAAAGUCUAAUCCGGCCCAAAGGGUGGCUACCGAAGGGUUAUAAAGAGAACGAAGCUCGCAUUCUUCCAUUGGACAACAGUUUCAUACCGUACAACUGGAGAAUAUUCUUGAACGGUGAACCACCCUGGCACUGCUAGCUCCCUGCUAAGCAGUGAUUAAAAUUUAAACUAUAAAACACAUUAAUCCUGAGUGACUCUGAGCAAGGGUUGCCUCCUUGCUUAUCACUAGUAAUUAUAUUUGAUAAGAAAAAUCCCUAAUUGAAAACUAAAAUCAUGAAACUCAUAUCGAACACCUUUGUCCAAUCCCUGGACUCAGGCGCUGAUAUUUUGACCAUUUUGGAUAAUCUGAGAGGUCGCCUUGAUGAUAAUGAUUCAUUUUUCGUCUGCAAACUUCCUGAAAUCAUCGAUAAAUGCCUUUUGUGGAGGUCGAUGUUUCCACGCGUGAAACCAUAUUAUGGUGUAAACGCAAACAGUAGCUGCAUUGUUAUGGAGACUCUCGCGGCUUUGGGCGUUGGAUUCGACUGUACCACCAAGAAGAAUCUCGUUCAAGCUUUGGGUGCAGUGCCUGCAAACUCCAUCUAUCUGUCCAGUAGGCUACAAACUGAGGGCUUGCUUAAGUAUGCUGCAGGAGCGGAAAUUGCCUUGCUUUGCUUCGAUAACAAGUCUGAACUGGAGAAGUUGAAGAAAUGUUAUCCGGACGCCAAUUUGCUCAUCGUCGUGAAAACUUCAUCGGAUGAGAAAUACAGUUUCGACUUCGGCUGCGAUGCGAACGCCGGUUAUUACGACCUGCUGAAAAUGGCCCGUUCCCUGAACAUGAACGUGGUCGGGAUCCAGUUCGACAUCGAGCCGAAGGGCCAUCAUCAGCCCUACUCCAAGGCCAUUCAGCUGGCCAAGGAACUGUUUGACGUCGGCUCCAAGCUCGGCUUCAAUCUCAAUCUGCUGAGUUUGGGUUCCGGAUUCCCAAUCGAUGCAUUAAACGAGACUGCAGAGGAAAUAAAUACCGCUCUGGACGAUCAUUUUCCCGGUGACGCCCUGACCGUAAUCGCCAAUCCGGCGCAAUUUUUCGUCGAAUCUGCGUACACUCUAACGUGUCAGGUCGAGUACGUUCGUGAAGUUGAACGAGAAGACGCCGAGACUGGAACCACCUACACACACUACGAGUAUUACAUCAACGAUGGCGUUUUUGGUAGUUUCAACAGCGUUCUAUGUGACAAGCAGAAUUUCAACCUGCAACCUCUAAAUAAGUAUCCGAAGUCCAAAACCUUCUCAAGCAGCAUCUGGGGCCCGACUUGUACCAACUUGGAUCAGAUCGUCGAGGAGGUUUCGUUGCCCGCGAUGAAUGUCGGGGACGCCAUCAUCUUCAACAACAUGGGCUUCUACACGGCCAGCGCUCAUAGUGGUUUCCCGCUCAAGAAGGUCUACAUCGUUUCUGACGAUGAAGUCUGGUUGAGAGAAAGCGGAGAACAACAUGACACGAAAGAGGUGUACUUUGUCAUGGGGAACCAAACAGAGCUGAUGAAAGCCCAGAAGAGGAAACAAGAUCCGACAGAACGCCCAGAUACGGAAGCUACAGUUGAUGGUUCAGAAAUUAUCCAGGUUGAAUAUGACGGAAUACAAUGACAUAUUUUUUUUGCAAUUUUAUCUAAUUUCUUACUUUCUUUCAUCAAAUACGCGUUUUUGAACCAUAAUAUGACGAAAAUUAUAUUUGUGUAAAGGGAAAUUUCCAUGUGGAAGAAAAAAGUACCAAAUGAACGUUAUCAGGAAUGGAAAUUUCUCAUAAACUAAAUGUUAUAGUUAUUAACUACAAUUCUCUCCAUAUAAUGUGUCCAUUAGUUAUAGUAUCUGGUUAUAGAAAAAUUAAGUUUGAUAAUUGACUUCAUUAAUUCCAACUUUUCAGAAAUUAGUUUUUUUAAUAUCAUCAUUGCUUUCUGCAAAGCAUCGUUUUUAAUUUUCUCAUUUUAUUCAUGAUCGAUUAGGAUUUUAGGGAUUUUCUCGAUAAUAUAAUUAAGAUAGGUAUUUGAACUGUAUAACGUUAAGAGAUUUGAGUUUGUUCAGAUGAAUUCACACUCAAAUUUUCGAUGUUUAACUUUUUUGAAUAUUUGUGUAAGCAAGGGGGCAGCUUUAUGCUUAUCCUCAAAAUAAAAUUAACGUUGAAAUUAAUAUAUUUGUAAUUUAGAUUGAAAAAAAAAAUAUAUGUAUUAUGCUUAAAAUUGUAUAGGAAAGAGUAAUACAUGUAUUGUGGUUA